AUGAACCCUGGAAACGAUAACUGGCACUCCUCCGGUGGGCCACCGUCGCAUCCUGCAAUGGAUCAGAUGAAUCAACAGCCUCGGCCCCUGGGGUCUUUCAAUCAAAAUCCUUCCCAACAAGGCCAGGCUUCCCAGCCCUCGGGCCCAGUCCUCCCUCCUCCAGCUGGUUCCUAUCACUCAAGCCAAUCCGGCGGUCACUCCCUCCCCGGACUGGCAGAAUUGAGCCAGACCCACGGUGGUCAGCACCAGCCUCCAGCCUACGGCCAACACCCCGCAGGCCCAUCCCACAACACCGGCCACUCUCUCCCGGGCAUCGGGCAGGCCAUGUCGCACCCGUCUCCCCAGCUCAACCGCGAGCGCGAGCGGGACUCUCGAGAGCGCGAAAUCAUUGAGCGCCAGCGCCAGGAAGAGAUGGCUCACCGCGAGCGCGAGCGCGAGCAUCGCGAGCAGAUCGAGCGCCAACUUGAGCGCCGUGAUCAGCCUCACCACCCCGUUCAAAGCCAUACCGGCUCCAUUCCCCUCCACCAACCUGUCGCCAACAAAGUCCCCAACUCCAUUCAUGGGCCCGGCGGCCUCCUCUCGACUCUGGGCGGAACUCCCCAGAAUGGCCACCAGGGCGGACCUCAGUCUGCGGCAAGCCUCUUCGGUCAGAUGCCACACGGCGAAGGAACUCCCCGCUCCUACAUGCAGCACCCCGGUGGACCCCCGGGACAACCCAUGAUGGGCUACAAUACCCCCGGACAGCAGAUCCCUGGAAACGUUGCUGCUCUGGCUCAGGGCCAGCAGCCCAUUCUGAAUGAUGCCCUUAGUUAUCUCGAUCAGGUGAAGGUUCGCUUCGUCGACCAGCCUGACGUCUACAACCGCUUUUUGGACAUCAUGAAGGACUUCAAGAGUCAGGCAAUCGAUACCCCUGGUGUGAUUCAACGGGUUUCCACUCUUUUCAAUGGUCACCCGGCCUUAAUUCAAGGCUUCAACACCUUCUUGCCUCCUGGAUAUCGCAUUGAGUGUGGUACUGAGGACAACCCGGAUGCCAUUCGUGUGACCACUCCCUCGGGAACGAACACAUUGAGCAUGCCCCGUGCUGGACGUCCCUUUGAGACCAUCUCGAAUGUCCCGCCUGCCAGUGACCCCCACGGCCGCUCUGAUUUCUACCGCGACCAGUCUCGCCCCGGCUGGCAACAAGGUCAACAAGAGCAGCCGCAAGGUGGUGCCUCUGGAUCAUACUCUCCUGGUUCGCGAAUGAUGGCUGGCAUGUACCCCCAGGAUGGACCCAGCUCAGCCCAAGAUCAUCACUACGGUUACCCUACCACACAGGAGCAACAAGCCGCUGCGGCUAUGACCCACCAGCAGGACCACCGUGGAGUGGCACAGCUGCAAGGUGCUGCCUCGGCAGCCUCCGCUGGCAUUAGCAGAGGUCUUCUGGGAGCUACGGGGGCUGGCCCGAAUGCCAGUCUCACUCAACCCAUGAACAGCUUGGCUGGUGUCGGUACCGGCAUGCUUCAAGGUGCCCAGGAUCUGAACAAGCGUGGACCGGUCGAGUUCAACCAUGCAAUCAGCUAUGUCAACAAGAUCAAGAACCGCUUCUCAAGCGCUCCUGAAAUCUACAAGCAGUUCUUGGAAAUACUCCAGACUUACCAGCGCGAGUCCAAGCCCAUCCAAGACGUGUAUGGCCAAGUAACUCAGCUUUUCAACACUGCGCCUGAUCUUUUGGAGGACUUCAAACAAUUUUUGCCGGAGUCUGCCGCCCAUGCCAAACAAGUUGCAGCCCAGCGUCAAGCUGAAGAGCAAGCUCCCCUCAGCAACCUUCGAGGUGAACCUUCUGGCUUUGCUUCUCAGACCCCCAACCGUGACGUCAAGAUGCCCCCUCUCGGUCAGUUCAACGUGAAGGACCCCAAGGAAAACAAGAAGCGUCGUGGCGGCCCUGGCGGCAUCGGAUCUAUCUCAGGUCCAGCGGGCUCCGAAGCUGCUCGUUUGUCCGAGGCAGGUCGCGGAGGACAGGGGCAGUUUGGCAGCACCAGCAAGAGACCCAAGUAUCACCACGGCAAGCCUUCAAUCGACAUGGCAAACGUCUCUCCUACGCUGAUUCCCGCUCUCCCCGAGCCUCUACCUCCCUCGGUCUCGAUGACUCCCAGCCAGGAAGAGAUUGCUUUCUUCGACCGUGUCAAGAAGUUCAUCGCCAAUAAGCAGGUCUUCAGCGACUUCUUGAAGCUUUGCAACUUGUACACCACCGACCUUCUCGACCGACAUGUUCUCGUCAAGCGGGCUGAGGGAUUCAUUGGAUCCAAUGCCGAGCUUAUGAACUGGUUCCGUCGUUUCAUGAGCGCCGAAGAACCCGAAGACAAGACCAUCGACCCUAAGGCUCACAUGGAUUAUGGUGUCGUCAACCUGGCUCACUGUCGGUCUCUUGGACCCAGCUACCGUCUCCUCCCCAGACGCGAGCGCCAAAAGCCGUGCAGCGGGCGUGAUCCGCUGUGCACUAGCGUCCUCAACAAUGACUGGGCUUCACAUCCCACUUGGGCUUCGGAAGACUCUGGUUUCGUUGCGCACCGCAAGAACCAAUAUGAAGACGCUUUGCACCGCAUUGAAGAAGAUCGUCAUGACUACGAUCACCACAUUGAGGCUUGUGUGCGCACUAUCCAGCUCAUUGAGCCCAUCUGCCAACAAUUCUUGCACAUGUCUGAUGCGGAGCGAACCGCGUUCAAGCUGCCAUUGGGUCUUGGUGGCCAAAGCGAGGCAAUCUACCAGCGUGUCAUUAAGAAGAUUUACGACCGCCAGCGCGGUGAGAAGGUCAUCAACGACAUGUUCGGCCGCCCUUGCCAUGUUCUCCCCAUUGUGCUCUUCCGCUUGAAGCAGAAGCUCGAAGAGUGGAAGGCUUGCCAGCGCGAAUGGGACAAGGUGUGGCGUGAGCAGAUGCAACGUGCCUACUGGCGCAGUCUCGAUCACCAGGCUAUCGCUACCAAGCAGACUGACAAGAAGCUCUUCGUUGCCAAGAACAUUCAGCAGGAGCUGACAAGCAAGUUCGAGGAUUCACAGAACAACCGCAAGAACGGAUGGAACCCUCCCAAGUGGCAGGCUGAGUUCCGAUUCCACGAUAUGGAGGUUCUCCUGGAUGCUGUCUUCUUGAUUCUCCUCUACUUUGAUCGCAGCACCAAUGGCUUCGGUGCCGAGCCUCAGCGCCUCAUCAAUUUCGUCAAGGAUUUCAUUCCCACCUUCUUCGGACUCGACCGUGAAAUCUUCAAUCAGUACAUCGAUGAAGUUUCUAUUUCCAUUAAUGAUGACGAAGAUGCUUACGCCAACGAAGAUGCCUCCAACAGCAGCCGCAAGGUAGUUGACACGCAGAAGCUGGAUCUCUUGCGUGAGGCCCUCGACAACGGAAACCAGAGCGAGAAGUCCGGCAAGGACGGCCAUUCUCUCAACGACGAAACCCCCGUCGUCCGUGCUACCUCCACUGCCUCUGAGAAUGAGGAGUCCUUUGACGUCGCUGAACUGCGAUGGAUGGAGCACCCCGGCCAGGGCAACUUCAACCUGGAGCGCGAAUACACCUUGAACGAAAAGUACAAGAAGAAGGAGCACCACAUGUACUCAAACCUGAACAUCCUCUGCUUCCUGCGCACCUUUGAGAUUCUCUACUCUCGCCUGCUGCGCAUCAAGGAGAACGAAGCCGAAGCUCGCGAGCAAGUUCGACGUGGCCUCCUUCCUAAGCCUGCUCACGACUUGUGUCUGAUCGAUCGAUUCCCUGGUGACUUCUUUUACGACGUGGAGCCAAACGCCAACCUCUACAAGCAAGUCGUGCGCAUGUGCGAGGAGGUGAUCAAGGGUGAUAUUGACCAGAUCCACCUCGAGGAGACCCUGCGCCGCUUCUACAUGCAAUCUGGAUUCCUCCUUUACAACCUGGAGCGCAUCUUCUCCUCUGUCGCUAAAUUCGUCGCUUCCAUCUUCACUGGCGACUCCCGCGACCGCAGCUCCGACAUCGCCAACCUGUUCUUCAAGGAACGCGAGAAGGAAGAAACCACCCACCACCAGGAGAUCCAAUACCGCAAGCAGGUUGAGCGUCUCGUCAAGGAUGGUGAUAUCUACCGCAUUACCUUUAACCCAACCGACCGUCGCGUCACCGUCCAGGUGAUGACCUCCGAAGAACCAACCUUCUCCUCCGACGAGCUCACCGCCGAGGAACGCUGGUCCUACUACGUGACAGCCUACUCCAUGCGCGACCCAACUGAAGGCGUGCAAUUCUCCAAGAUGAACAUGCCCCUUCUCAAGCGCAAUCUCCCACCCAAGCUCGAAGAAGACGAGGAGUACGAGCGCUACUACCGCACCCUGCAACACAACGACGGCCUAAUCAUCCGCGUCUGCGCAAACAACUACACCAUGCUCUACCAACCCGCCAGCUCAGACUGGUUCUGGCGCUCCACCGCCCCUGUCCCAGAGAAGGACGCCGACGCCGAGACCAUCAAAGCCCAAGCCGAAGACGCCGAGAAGGAGAAGGCCGCUCUUAAGGAAAAGCGCCACGACCGUUUCCGCGAGAAGUUCGUCAACAACCCUAUCUGGGCUCGUGGUCUCAGUAAGGACCAAGUCGACGAAUCGAAUCAGCGUUUCCGCUCCUGGGUCGAUGGUACUAUCUCAUCCCCUGCUCCCGCUGAACCUAUUUCCCAGCCUAAUGGCGAGGGUGAGGCCCAGGCGGAGGGUGAGGGUCAGGGUAAGGGCGUGGAUGAAGAUACUGAGAUGACUGAUGCUGAGCCCACUGAGGCUUGA